AUGGAGCAGAUUUUCUCAACAUUCCUACUUGUGUUCUUCUUCAUUUUCUUCAUUUAUUCCAAUCCAACUCUUUCGCAGAGUCCGGCUCCAGCUCCUGGACCUCCUGGUCCCCCCGACAUAAUCGUUAUUCUUCAAAAGGCCCGUCAAUACACAACAUUUAUUCGACUCCUAAAAAAUACAACAUUUAUUCGACUCCUAAAAACCUCCCAAGUGGCUGAUCAACUCAAUACAGAGCUUAGCAAAUCAAAUCAAGGUCUCACAGUAUUUGCUCCAACUGAUGCUGCAUUCACUAGCCUCAAACCGGGCACAUUAAACUCUCUCACUGAUCAACAGAAAGUUGAGCUGAUCCAAUUCCAUGUCUUGCCUUCAUUUUUCUCCGUCUCCCAAUUCCAAACCGCAAGCAACCCACUAAGAACACAAGUUGGCAAUGAUGGACAAUUUCCACUCAAUGUAACUGCAACUGGGAAUCAGGUGAACAUAACAACCGAUAUGGUUAAUGCAGCAGUGGCCAAUACAGUGUACACUGAUAACCUGCUAGCCGUGUAUCAGGUUGAUAAAGUACUCCUUCCGCAUGGUCUUUUUGUACCUCCACCGCCGGCUCCUGCACCAGUAAAGCCCGAAAAACAGGCCGCUUCAGAUUCUUCCCCGUCUGAUGAUACUGCUCGUGUCGAUACUUCUGGUGCAAUUCAUUUGUCCCAACAUUCAAUACGUGCAAUGUCCAGUCUCAUUCUAGUUUUGUCAGCAUUUUGUUUUUGA